AUGUCUAGUCUGACAGCUCACGAUCAAGCUGCCCGUCAGGUGUCACCCAAAUCGACAUCGGCGAGCCCUCGUCAUCCGGGAUCCCCUCACGGCGAGACUGGUCUUCUUCCUCCGGAACAUUGGGCGGCUUUACCCGAAGAGGACAACGACAGAGGUGAUGCUGAAUCGACCAUAUCUGACAAUGCCAGCUCAACAGGAUCUCUAAGCUCCAGCAUCUUGGAGUACAGGACAAUCCAUGGCAGAUCGUACCACAGCGACCGGGGCAAUGCUGAUUAUUGGGGGCCUACUGAUGAAACCAGUCAGGAAGCUAUGGACAUUAACCAUCAGGUGCUCACCCUCUUGAUGGGUGAUAAGCUCUACUUGGCACCAAUCUCAGAGAACAUACAGGCGGCUGUAGAUAUUGGAACUGGCACAGGAAUCUGGGCUAUCGAAUUUGCCGAUAUGUUUCCACAUGCCUCAGUAGUUGGGACUGAUCUAGCGCCCAUCCAACCAAGUUGGGUACCGCCGAACCUAGAAUUUCAGAUAGACGACUGCACUCAGGAAUGGACCUUCCAGCCAGAAUCUCUUGACUAUGUGCACAUCCGCUGGAUGCUUGGCAGUAUCAUGGACUGGACGGCGCUCUUCCAACAAGCUUAUAGGGCCCUUAAGCCCGGCGGCUACAUCGAAAGCUUUGAGCCGUCGUCAUGCUUUGAAAGUGAUGACGGUACGGUCGUUGAAGGCGGCCCAUUGGAUCAAUGGGGUCGAUUCUUCAGGGAAGGGGGACGCAAGAUCGGCCGACCAUUUACGGUCUAUGAGGACAGUAUACAAGAAGAGGCUAUGCGACAGGCUGGAUUUGUUGAAAUUGAAGAAAGAGUUUUCAAGGCAAGACAGUACACGCAAGCUGCCAUUAACCAAGAUGCGAAGGGAAGUGUAAUGCAGAUGGCCACUCUCUUAGGCUGGACUGAACCGGAGGUCACUGUGUUUGUCUCCCACCUACGUCGUGAGAUUUCUUCGCCCAAGAUCCACUCGUACUUUAAACAGAAGGUAGUCUGGAGCCGGAAGCCUGAAGCGGCCCAGGCCGAUUAG